AGGGGGAAAUAUAGAAAAAAGGCGCCUAAACAAAUGUUAGAAUGUGAGAAACUGCCGCAACAAACAAACUCGGAGAAGCACCAAGAGCAAAGGCAGGCACACAGCAGCAGUGCACCACCAUUUUUCUCUCUCCUCUUUCUCUCUCUAUUCAUCCGAGGAAUCGCCACCAAACAUCACCUUUCUUCACCCCAAAAGCAAGCCAAUUCCAUUUUUUGUAAUCUCAGGAAACCCUAAAAAUUCUCUAAUUGCGUGCUACUUCACCUACGAAUCAAUAUAUCAAACCCCCUGUUUCGCCUCUUUUGAUCGCCAUUAAAGCUCUAACUCAGAGGUUACAGAGAUACACAGAGAGAGAGAUUGAGAGGAGAGAGAAUAUUUUUAUUGGUGUUUGUUGUGUUGGAUUGCAUUUGUGAUUAUGCCACGAUUAAGCUUCAAGGCCGUGAACAAGGAGGAUGAUGAGUUGUUCGGAAGACGCGACUUGCAAUUGUCUAGGGUUCCGAUUGAGGUGCCUCGUUCGUCGUCAUCUUCGUCGAAACCACGGCGGAGUUUUUGUCGGAAUCCGUCGUCUAUUUCGACGGCAAUGUCGAUUGUGAGUUCCCGGAAGAGUUUCUCAUAUGACAAGCUUUCUCAGGCGCCCAUUCAUCUCACCAUUGUCAAAUUGGAUGGCUCCUCUUUCGGAGUUGAAGUAAUAAAGAUGGCUACGAUCUUUGAUCUCAAGCAUGCAGUGGAGAACGUUUUUAGUCAUUUGCCUACCACAGGACCAGACAAGAUUUCAUGGCGACAUGUAUGGACUCAAUUUUGCUUAUCUUAUCGUGGUCAGAAGCUACUUAAUGACAACGAAUAUCUCAGGAACUUCGGCAUCAGGGAUGGUGAUGAGCUUCGCUUUGUUCGGCACGUGUCAAUUGCUUACAACCUCAUAAAGAAGAGAUCAACAAAACGAAUAGAAGCUCCAAAGCCUCGUGCAGUGGUAGAGAAUGACGAAGAGGAAAUAGUGAAAAUAGAGGAGGCCUUUGAUGAUCUGGAGAACCUACGGUGUCAAAUUGAAGAUAACUCAAGCCACAAUGAAUCCAUGAUCUCUCAUUUAUUCAGAGGUUGGUUCAUGUAUUCAAGAGUGUCUAGCGCUGAGCAGCUGAAGUUCGAAGGGCAAGCCAAUCCAUCCAGGUCGACAGGUGGACUCGUCGGCUGCGUAAGAAGUUGGUUUCAUUUUUGUGACAAGGGACACCCCAGUUAUUCUUCAAGAGUCUCGCAGGUAGAAAUUUGAGUAGUAGUAGUAUUACUUGCACAGCACUAAUUCUGCUGGAAUGGCUUCUCUUCUCUUGGACAGCCAGUCAUUCAUAACUACUACAAAAAAGUUGUAUACAGAUUCAUGCGGUGGGAGUAAUUCGAUUGCUUAUAUAGAGCUUGAAACCCAGUUAUAGGAUCAUUUCCGAUACCUGAAACAUACAUUUGUAGCAGUAUGACACAGUAUAAACGCUCAUCAAUAAAGAUUUUAAAUUCACACUUUCUAUAA